GCACGUGUCCGGCGUCGGUUCGGUUCCAAGCCAUAAGCUACCGCAGGUAGCAGGUAGUAGGCAGCACCAACGAUAGCGAGGCACCAACAAGACGUUAAGGCCCUGUAUUGUGCGUUCGACGUCGCUGCCACGGGACCCGCCGCCGACGGCAGGCACGUCGCAGAGGGCUACAGCGGGCCUGUGGGGCGCAGCAAGGCAUCAUAAACUGGGCGACAGCGACACCGACAGGCCGGUCUUCGGUCUCUCCAUAACCCCGGCCACCUCACGAUGGGCACCCUCCUCGGUCAUGUCCUGCCGGGCGUCGCCUUCCUGCUGACUGGUCUGUGGUGGACGUACAACAUCUUCGAGCGCUACUUCCAGACGCGCCAGGCGCCUCGCCAGUUCCAGGCCAGCUUGUCCUUCCCCAUUCGCAGAGGGUCUCGCGUCCCGUGGGACUGCCUCAUUCUUCUCGGGCUCAUGGUCGUCGGCAUCAUAGGCGAGAUCGUCACCGGCUGGCGCGAUGGUCGCCUGGUGGAGAUGGGAAACGGGCAGCACGCCACCAUGUACAUGUGCUUCGCGCUGGCCGCUGCCGCCGAGGCGGCGCGCCGCACGGGCGUGGGGCUCGUGCCAGGCCUCGAGCAUGCCGUCUGCGCCAUGGCCUUCGUCGCCGAGGCGUUGCUGUUCGCAUUCCACGGACACGGCACUUCCGACAUGGAGAUGUUGGUGCACCACCUGCUGCUGUACGUGGUGCUGGGCAGCGCGGCCGCCACGCUGGCCGAGCUGACCUGCCGGCGCAGCGUACUGCCGGCGCUGGCGCGCUGCUUCUUCACCCUGCUGCAGGGUACCUGGUUCAUCCAGGUGGGGUUCAUUCUGUUCCCACCGGCCGGCUGGCACGGCUGGGACGUCAACAGUUACAGACAGCAAAAGCUGGCAACCGCAGCAUUUGUUUGGCAUUGGACCGGUGUGCUUGUUGCCAUGGCGACCAUCGGCACGCUGCUUCGAUUGCGGACUCGCACCGGCGCCCCGGUGCGUAUGGCCAGAGAGAGCGAUGGACGCGGCACUCGGCCCGACUCGACCAAGCUGCUACUCUCGUCCGAGGACGAGCUGUGAGCCGGCCGGACACGCCUCGACCACCGGACUAGCUCGGCCGGAUAUGCCUUGUCCACCGGGCUGACUCGGCCAGACAUGCCUCGGCCACCAAGCUGACUCGGCCAGACAUGCCUCGGAC